CUUGGACUGUACCUAAGAAUUUUUAAGCAGCACAUUAUGGUUACCAUGAUUCGCCUUUUAAGAUAGCAACUCAGACGGACAGUCAUGUCACUCUUUCGGACGAAGGACCAAAUCUUCGAACCACCUACUCGCUUGGAGCGCUUGCUAUCGGCGCCGUUGAAGUAUCUGAUCAGUCUAGUGUACAGGCUAUCAACUCGAUUAAGAGCCUCUCCGAGGCCUAAGUCGCCCUCGAUACGAGUCGUUUGUAUCUCAGAUACUCAUACACUGAAAUGGGAUGAAAUCCCAGAUGGAGAUCUUUUGAUUCAUGCUGGAGAUUUAACCAACAACGGGACGAUCGCAGAGCUACAACAGGCCUUGAAUUGGAUUGCGUCACUGCCGCACAAGUAUAAAGUUUUGAUCGCGGGAAACCAUGAUACCUUCUUGGACCCAAGGUCGAGGAUGACAUUGAGCGAGGCAGAUCGUUCAGGAACGCUGGAUUGGAAAGGCAUGUAUUAUCUACAACAUCGCAGCAUCACGUUGGCAUUCCCAUCUCCAACCGAUGGGGUCAGGAAAAUAAGUAUAUAUGGUGCACCGCAAAUUCCUCAGUGUGGGGGAAGCAACUUUGCCUUUCAGUACCCGCGAAGGCAGGAUGCAUGGACAGACACAAUUCCUAAACAUACAGAUAUAUUGAUCACGCAUACUCCGCCCAAAUUUCAUCUGGACUUGCUAAAUCCCUCCUUGGGUUGCGAAUACUUACUUUCCGAGGUAUGGCGUGUAAAACCGCGUCUUCAUGUCUUUGGACACGUUCAUGUUGGUGCGGGACGAAGAGUUGUUCGUUGGGAUGAGGCACAGAAGGCAUACGAGCUUGGACUUUCAAGACAGAGCAAGGGCUUAAUUCAAGAGUUAUUUGACAUACGUUCUUGGCUUGCGCUUCUCAAGGUCAUCAUAUACGGCACAAGUGGUGUUAUCUGGAAUCGCAUUUGGGGGGGUGAGACCCGCAGCACAACUAUGAUUAACGCGGCAUUGAUGUACCACAAUACUGGUAGGCUUGGAAAUAAGGUCCAGGUCGUGGAUAUUUAGCGGUUCAUUUAGAUGCCAAGCUGCGCAUUUUGUCAUAAGAGUUCACAUAGAAAACUAAUGUGAAUUUGCUUUUGCAACCGUGUGGUUUGAAAAAAAGGCACGGUCGCGACACGUAUA